AUGUUGCGAAGCCCGAUUGGGGUGUGGUGGGACAUCAACACCUGUCCGGUUCCCGAUGGGAUUGACGUUGAUAGUGUCCACUCGCAUAUACAACGGCAGUUGAGGAGGCACUUCAUUCUAACUGAGUUGAGCAUCUUUUGCGUUGGCAACCUAGAGCGUAUCCCUCGUCGGGUCUUGGAAGAGAUCUCUUCAUCUGGAAUCCUUCUUAGACACGUCCCCCUUUUUGGCUGGUCGGCACUUUGUGAUCAUAUGCGGGAAUGGAAAAAGCGUUAUCCAUCAGCUCGUUUUAUAAUGCUCAUAUCCGGUGAUAUUUCGUGGUUUACUGGUUCGUGGUUUAAUUCCUCUAUUCACUCCUUGGGAUACUGUAUUCUUCGUGCCUUUCCAGCUCCUCGCCCACCAGGCUACCCGGCUUAUGAUGAGUGGGUCUGGGAAGAGUUAUUAGUCCUAGGCAAGAAUGGUUUCAUGCCAAUCACCCCGAUACCUCCUAAGCGUGAACAUGUCUCGUUUUGCACACUAUGCGGAUUUCCUAGCCAAAGCGUUGAUGUUUUCUACAAGCAUCUCCAGAGCAGAGAACACACGUGUGAGCUCGUCCAAUCCGUGUUGGCGUUUGUAGACGAGAACAAUAAUAUUUCCCAUUUUCUGAAACUUUCUGACUAUCCUGACUUCUGUCCCGGCUUGGACCUGACCAUCCCCUGGACCGGUGGAGAUCUUUCACAGAAUAUGUCCUGUCUCUCCCACCUCUCAUUCUACCUCCGCUUAUUCAACCAGAGAUCAAAGAUAUCACGAGUCUUUCACAAGACCCCCACUGGGGUGUGGCGGGACAUCAACACCUCUCCGAUUCCCGAUGGUUCUGACCCUAGUUUUGUCGGUUCGCGUAUAGAAUCGGCCCCUACGACUGGGGUGUGGUGGGACAUCAACACCUGUCCGAUUCCCGAUGGUUAUGACCCUGGUCUUGUCCGUUGGCGUAUAGAAUCGGCGUUGCAGGGGUACCUUGGUCCUGGUUGCCCAGUCACCAUCUUUUGCAUCGGCAACCUAGAAUUCAUCUCUCCUCAAGUCUUGAAAGAGAUCUCUUCCUCUGGAAUCCUUCUUAUACACGCCGUCAGUGGCUGGGAGGCAGUCCUCACUCUUUGGCACGAAUGGAAAAGGCGUAAUCCUCCUCCGGCUAAAAUACUGCUCAUCUCCGCCGAUCGCUCCUGGAUUAAUUCCUUUUGUUUCUCCCUCGGAUACACUAUUCUUCGCGCACUUCCAAAUCCUCAGUCAUUCCCGCCCUGCACGUCUACUCACGCAUGGGACUGGGCAAGCUUAUUGGAAGAGAAAUCAUGUCUUGUGGAUACAAUUACAAACAGCUCAUGUAUACGUUUGACUCAGUCAGAGAAUUCAAGCUUGCUGAAGGAUGAACCUGCCUCGUGGUAUUGCACACUGUGCGAAAUUCCUAGCCAAAGCUGUGAUGAUUUCUUCAACCAUCUCGAGACUACAUCUCAUUCACAAAAAUUGUGGAGCAUGGUGCCUCUAAACAAGUUCCGUAAUAAGCCUCGUUUUCUUUGCACAAUUUGCAACUAUCCUGGCUACGACCAUCUGAAUUUUGACAUCCACUUGACCAGUGAAAAACAUGCACAGAAAGUAAAAGAGAAGAAGAAGAUGGAGGUUGCUUCUUGUCAUGAACAAGAAGAAGAGGACUUGGUGUUGGCGUUUGUAGACGAGAACAAUGAUCCUUCCAUGUGUUCCAAACUGUUUGACUAUCCUGGCUCCGACGAGUGUAAUAUGACCAUCCCCUAG